UCGUGUAGGACGGUUGUAGGUAGAAUCAAAACAAAGAUAGCGGGAAAAUGGAUUUCAAGCGAAAUGUCAAAAGAAGACAAAGAAAUCUUGGAGUUAACGGUUUGACAGAGACAUGCCGCGCUGGCCUACAGCUAUAUAAAGUACCACCCACUGACACGAUAUCUUUAUACGAAUUUGAAGAGUUUGCUGUUGAAAGAUUAAAAGUUUUAAAGGCUGUAGAAACUGCAGGCGAGAAACAUUUGAAGACACAUGAAGAUUAUGACAAGUUUAUGUGGCAACAACUAAGAACAACUAGAUUUGCAAGUCUCACUAAGAGUCAUAAGUCACAAAAAGAGGAUGGAGACAACUUGGCCCAGUUGGAUCAUAUCUCUCAUUUCAUUUUACGUCUGGCAUACUGUCGAUCGGAAGAGCUUCGAAGAUGGUUUAUUCAACAAGAGUUGGACUUGUUCCGAUUUAGAUUUAAGACCACCUCUGACGAGGACAAGAGAGAAUUCUUAAAACAGAAUGAUCUUCAUUAUGAAUCUAUAUCAGAUGAGGAGAAGAACUCGUUUCGUGAACAGCUAGCAUCGUCCUCAGGCAUCGCGGCCAGUGUUGUUGAGACUGUCGAAUAUUUCAAGGUUCACUUCACAGAGGCGCUAGACCUGGUUCAGAAGAGGAAAGUGUAUGUACACAAGGGUCAGGUGUAUGUUCCGUACGAGGACAUGAUCUCACUUCUGGUGGGCGUGUACCGGACACACCUCUCACAGGCUCUAGCGAAAACUGCGCGGGCUUUGCCCCACCUGGAGGAGGAUGGGCGCCUACUACCCAUGUUGUGUGGGCUCAGCAAGCGAUACCUGGGCUCAGAUUACAAUGUCAAGAAAACCUCAGUUGGUCAGGUCACGGCUGACAUGAUUGAUAUGCUCUCCAAGAAGUCGUUUCCGCUUUGCAUGCAGCACCUGCACACAUCGAUGCGACAGAACCACCACCUGCGGCAUGGGGGCAGGCAACAGUACGGCCUUUUCCUCAAGGGUAUUGGGCUCUCGCUGGAAGAAGCCAUGAAGUUCUGGAGAGCAGAGUUCUGUAAACUCAUUGAUGGCGAUAAGUUUGACAAGCAGUACACAUACAACAUACGCCACAACUACGGCAAGGAGGGAAAGAGGGCAGACUACACGCCAUACUCCUGUAUGAAGGUCAUCAUGUCCAACGCUCCCGGUCCUGGUGACUCCCAUGGGUGCCCAUUCAAACACACGGACAUGGACCUGCUAAAACAGAAGAUAAAGUCCAUGGCAAUAGGAGAACUGUACCUGGAAAAGAUAAUGUCCGAAGUAAAGGCAGGUCGUUAUAAUGUUGCCUGCACACGUUACUUUGAGGCAACCCACAAGCUACCUCUGGAACAGCAGGACCAGGCCUUCAGCCAUCCAAACCAGUACUUUGAAGAGAGCCAGAGACAAAUUAAUGGGAAUGUUAAAGUUCUGUCCAAUGCCACCCCAAAGCGAGUUGGAAGUCAAGGUUCAUCCCAGUCUACACCGGGUUCAUCCCAGUCUACACCCAAGUCACAGAAAACCAGUCAGAGUCAGCCAACUACACAGAGUCUUGAUGAAAUGGACGAUGAUUUUGAUGUGACUGAAGCUGAGAUGUCAAUGACCUCUUGAAUUAUGAUCCAAUUUAAUAAACAAGUGCUCUUUAAUUGACAGAAACAUUUCUUUUGAGAUCAUUUUAAGAACAGAACAAUCUAUCUUUAUGCAAUGAUUAUUUUGAAUGAAUCUUGUUACAGUUUAUCAAGUAAAUUAACUAUUGACCUUCGUAAAGUGAUUCUCUGCAAGUACAGGAAUACUGUGUUGCUAACUAUAAGCACAUAAUGCAUUUUUAUGCAGCUUUGAAUUGUUAAUUAGAAUAUCAUUAACACGUUCAAUUCACAUAACAUAUAUAAUGUACAGACUUAUGAUGUAUUUAUUUUGAUGAUUUGGACUAUAAAAACAAAAAAUCA